AUGACGAAGCGUUCCGCCGACGACUUCGCUUCUUUACCGAAAAGCGUUUCGCUCACUGAUCAACUGAGACGCCUAUUAUCCCAACUAAUGACCCUUUCAUCUUACAUCAUCACUGGAGGAUUUGUUCAAGCACAUUCAGCCCCCACCAUCUCUGCUCCCGACAAAUUUUGUUUCGGAGACGACUUUUCCCUGUGGGUAGCCGAUGCAAAAUCUAUGUGGAUUUAUGCUCGUGCUCUUGUACUGCAAGAUGACAUCCUGGAUGAGGAAAUCACGGACGAUACGUUCAGUCAGCUACGAUUCACCCUCACUACGAGCAAGAAUCCCAUGCUUCUACAGUUCCAGUUUCAAACUAGAGUCCAAAAUCCCGACGUAGCAUUCGAUGUUUAUGUACGCACACUCCGCCGAUUGGUGAACCACGCGUUUUUUGAGCUGCCACGGGAGACCCGGGAGGAGAAAGUACUUCAUCAGCUACAUGUGGGUGUUCGGAACGCCGGCCUGAUCCGAAAGUUACACCGCUACAGACCGCUGACUGUUCAUCAGGUGAUCGAUACCGCGCAGGAGGAGGAACAAUUGGAAGAUGUUAUACGCUAG